AAAAACGUAUACACAAAAACCAUGAUGAGAUUUUCAGCUUAUUGCGAUAAAGUAUGCUUUCUAGCUUGCCUUAUCUUGUCUCUUCAGCUAAAUUCAUCACAAAAAACUGUUUUUGCUUCUGCCAAUUCCACUGAAGCAGAAGCACUUCUCAAAUGGAAAGCUAGCUUUCAAAACCAAACCGAAAACAACCUGACCUCAUGGAUGAAUGCAAAUGAAGCUCCAUGCAAUACUUGGAUUGGUGUUUCAUGCAACUCAGCUGGAAGUGUCAACAGAUUAAACCUCACCAAUUCUGGUAUACAAGGUACUCUACUUGAAUUUCCAUUCAUGUCAUUGCCUAAUCUCGCAUAUGUUGAUCUAAGCUACAACGAACUUUUUGAUCAAAUCCCACCUGAGAUCAGUUCCCUCACCAAACUCAUCUACUUUGAUGUCUCUUAUAAUCAAAUGUCUGGAAAAAUCCCACCCGAAAUCAGUCUUCUAACAAAUCUUCAAGUCCUUCACCUAAAUGCAAAUAAGUUCAAUGGCUCAAUUCCUCAAGAAAUAGGCCAACUUAAAUUUGUCUAUGAGCUAGCUCUAAACUAUAAUAAUUUAGAGGGUUCAAUUCCAGCUUCUAUGGGUAAUCUGAGCCAAUUGAGCUCUUUGACACUCUCCGGAAACCAACUUUCGGGUUCUAUUCCUCCUGCAAUAGGAAACCUUUCAAACUUGGUUGAACUUUACCUGUUUGACAACUAUUUAUCAAGCCCAAUCCCUCAGAGUUUCGGAAACUUGAAAAAUCUAACCAUGGUGUUCUUGUACAACAAUACCCUUUCUGGUUCGAUCCCAACUUCUUUGGGCAAUUUGACAAACCUUGUUUAUCUCUCUCUCUACGACAAUAAACUUUCCGGUACUAUUCCUGAAGAGAUUGGAAACUUGAAAUUUGUUGUGACUCUAGACCUGGCCCGCAAUCAGCUCAAUGGAACCAUUCCCUCUUCAUUCGGCAACUUGAGCAGCCUAGAAAACCUAUACCUCCGCGGCAACCAGCUAUCUGGAUCAAUCCCCCAAGAGAUGGAGAAUCUAAUGAAGUUGACGCUACUUGACUUGGGUACUAACCGAUUUUCUGGUUAUUUGCCUCGAGAUAUUUGUAGAGGUGGACUGCUACAAAAGUUUACUGCAGAGAAGAACGAGUUUACAGGUCCAAUCCCGAAAAGCUUGAAAGAUUGCAAGAGCUUAGUCAGAGUCCGUCUUGAAGGGAACCAAUUUACAAGCAAUAAUAUAUCUGAAGACUUUGGCGUCUAUCCGAAUCUUCAGUUUGUAGACCUAAGCCACAACAACUUACAUGGCGAAAUCUCACACAUAUGGGGACAGUGUCCAAACUUAACAACCCUACGGAUUGCGGGGAACAAGCUUACUGGUAGCAUACCAUCUGAGAUUGUCAAUGCAAAUAAAAUUCAAGAACUCGAUUUUUCUGCGAAUCAUCUGGUUGGGGUGGUUCCCAAGGAUUUGGGGAGAUUGACUUCUAUGCUGAACCUGAAGUUGAAUGGCAAUCAGCUUUCGGGUUCUAUACCCUCAGAAUUCGGAGCAUUCACUGAACUCGAACAUCUUGACGUGUCCACCAACAAGUUGAAUGGGUCAAUUCCAAGCAUUGUUGGCGAAUUGGUCCGUUUAAACUACUUGAAUUUGAGCAACAACAAUUUCAGUCAAGAAAUUCCAUUUCAGUUGGGGAAGUUAUUUCACCUGUCACAGUUAGAUUUAAGUCGUAACUUACUUGGCGGCAAGAUACCAUCAGAAAUUAGCAAUAUGCAGAGCUUGGAGUGGCUGAAUCUUUCCCACAAUAAUCUUUCCGGUCUCAUUCCAGCAACGUUUGAUGGAAUGCGUGGCUUGUUGUACAUAGACGUAUCCUACAAUCGCUUGCAGGGCCCCAUCCCCAACAACAAAGCAUUUCAAGAUGGUCACAGCUUUGAAGGGAACGAAGGAUUGUGUGGAAAUGUUGUAGGUCUACAAUCCUGCAAUAAGCACGUCUCAAAAAGAAAAAACAACAGAAAACUCGUGUUUGCAAUCGUUUUCCCUAUCUUGGGAGUAGUUUUACUUGCUUUCCUUGCAAUUUUCUUCAUCGGAACAAGAAGAAAGAAAGAGCCAGAAACAGAAAAGAGUGAUAUCCAUGAUGAAGUUUUUUCAAUCUCUCAUUUUGAUGGAAAAAAAUUGUAUUGGGAGAUCAUAUGUGCAACCAAUGCUUUUGACUCCAAAUUUUGCAUUGGGAAGGGAGGAUCCGGAAGUGUCUACAUGGCAAAGCUACCAUCAGGCAGCAUAGUUGCAGUGAAGAAACUCCAUCAAAAACUUGACAGCGUGGAGACAUCACAGAAGGAGUUCCACAAUGAAAUAAGCGCACUAAUCAAUACACGACAUCGAAACAUUGUGAAACUUUGUGGUUUUUGUUCAAAUUCACAGCACUCCUUUCUGGUCUAUGAAUAUCUAGAAAAGGGUAGUCUGGCUUCAAUCUUGAGCAAAGAAGACGAAGCAAAAGAAUUGGAUUGGAGUAGGAGGGUGAGAAUUGUACAAGGCGUAGCUCAUGCACUGUCUUACAUGCAUCAUGAUUGCGUGCCGCCAAUUGUACACCGAGACAUAUCAAGCAGCAACAUUUUACUCGAUUACGACUAUGAGCCUUGUGUUUCAGACUUCGGCACUGCUAAGCUUUUGAAUCCAGACUCAUCGCAUUGGAGCUCCCUUGCAGGCACACUCGGAUAUGUGGCACCAGAGUUGGCCUACACAAUGAAGGUAACCGAGAAAUGUGACGUUUAUAGCUUCGGAGUGCUAGCACUGGAAGUGAUCACGGGAAAGCGACUAGGUGAUUUAAUCUCAUCCUUUUCGUCUCCAUCCGCGUGUGAAAACAAAUUGCUGAAGGAUGUAUUAGACCAACGGCUUCCACCUCCUACACCUGAAGUUGCAAAUGAACUGACAACCAUUGCAAGGGUAGCAAUCGCAUGCAGGCAUUCGCAACCGCAAUCAAGGCCAACAAUGCACAUGGUUUCUCAGUCAUUAUCAUUUCAAACUGCAGCUUCCAAUGGAGGACCAAUCAUCACACUUGAAGAACUCAUUAAGAUUUAAAUUGCAUUUGAUAUCAUUUGAGUUGGCACGACUAUCAGGUCGUCUUGUUUAAUUAUAUCAUAUACGUACUUUGUUAUAUUUGCAAGUAAAUUAAGAAUAAGAGAGGAGUGCUAGCUGUACUCUGCUCAGCAGGGAGUCCCACAAUAUAUUACCACUUAAAUGGGUUAGACCAAAAUGUCCUAUUUAAUAUUUACUAGAAAGUGGUACACACGCUACUGCAGAAUUAAAAUUUGUACGAAAGAUUAUCUUGGAAAGUAUAACAAAACUGUGUCAUUUAAUACUAUUU